AUGACCCCCCAGGCACGGGAUUCAUGGAAGUGUCGCUUUUCCCGCAGGUGCGGCCCUUGCCUGCGGAUCGCGCCCGCCUUCAACGCCCUGAGCAACAAAUACCCGCAGGCGACAUUCCUGGAGGUGGACGUGCACCAGUGCCAGGGCACGGCUGCCACCAACAACAUCUCAGCAACGCCCACGUUCCUGUUCUUCCGGAACAAGGUGCGCAUCGACCAGUACCAGGGAGCAGAUGCCGUGGGCCUGGAGGACAAAAUCAAACAGCACCUGGAGAACGAUCCUGGCAACAGCGAGGACACUGACAUCCCCAAAGGAUAUAUGGAUCUGCUGCCCUUCAUCAACAAGGCUGGCUGCGAGUGCCUCAACGAGAGCGACGAGCACGGCUUCGAGAACUGCCUGCGCAAGGACUCCUCCUACCUGGAGUCCGACUGCGACGAGCAGCUGCUCAUCACUGUAGCUUUUAGUCAGCCUGUCAAGCUUUACUCUAUGAAACUGCAGGGGCCAGACAAUGGGCAGGGCCCCAAGUCCAUCAAGAUUUUCAUCAACCUGCCGCGCUCCAUGGACUUUGAGGAGGCCGAGCGCAGCGAGCCCACGCAGGCGCUGCAGCUGGGCCCCGAGGACAUCCGCGAGGACGGCAUCGUGCAGCUGCGCUACGUCAAGUUCCAGAACGUCAACAGUGUCACUUUGUUUGUGCAGUCCAAUCAUGGCGACGAAGAGACGACGAGAAUCACAUAUUUCACAUUUAUUGGCACUCCAGUGCAGGCCACCAACAUGAACGACUUCAAACGAGUGAGCCCCUUGCUUUUAUUCUUUCUUUUUCAGUAAAGCAGUUGAUUUUAUUUCUUUUUCAUUUAAAAUAAACUGCUUCAGUAUUUAUGGUACACAUUUCAGCAGGUUCAAAGCACUAACACCAACAUGACACCUGCAUGAACUGCUUAGUUCUUACAGCAAAACCAAAAUUUAAUUUCUUUUUUAAACUAAAACUUCA